AUGCCUCCCAAAGUGCCUGGUGGCCACGUCCGAGGAGAAUAUUCUGCAGUUCAAGUAGCUGUUCGAGUUCGUCCCCUCCUUCCCAAAGAGCUUCUCCACUGUCAUGAGAGUUGCAUCACCGUGGAUGCUGAACUUCAUCGAGUUACUUUGGGCCACGACCGACAUUUUGUUUGUGACCAUCUGUUUGAAGAAACUUGCUGUCAGGAUGAGGUUUAUUCUCAGUCUGUCCUGCCACUCAUUGAUGCAUUUUUCCAAGGCUUCAAUGCCACAGUCUUUGCCUACGGGCAGACAGGCUCAGGCAAGACUUACACUGUUGGAGAAGCUAAUAUUAGUUCCUUCAGAGAUGAGGAGCAGGGCAUCAUCCCCAGAGCUGUUGCAGAUGUCUUCAGGCUUCUAGAUGAAAACGACCUCACAGACUUUUCUGUCCGAGUCUCCUAUUUGGAAGUCUAUAAAGAGGAAUUUAAGGACUUGCUGGAAGUUGAGACUGCCAGCAAGGACAUCCACAUACGGGAGGACAAAGGCAACAUCGUUUUGUGCGGCGUGAACGAGUGUGAAGUAGAAGGUCUUGACGAGGUGUUGAGCUUACUGGAGUCAGGAAACACAGCCAGGCACACCGGAGCAACGCAGAUGAAUCCAAACUCCAGCCGGUCACACACCAUUUUCACCGUAUACAUGGAUCAGCGUCGUGGAAGCUCUCGCUUAAACGGGACCGCUGCGAGCACUGGAGCACAAAUGUUGUCUUCCAAGUUCCACUUUGUUGACCUGGCAGGGUCAGAGCGCAUCUUAAGGACGGGUAACACCGGAGAGAGACUGAAAGAGAGUAUCCAAAUUAACAGCGGUCUUCUGGCUCUGGGAAAUGUUAUCGGGGCCCUGGGAGAUCCAAAGAGAAAAGGCUCUCAUAUUCCAUACAGAGAUUCUAAAAUCACAAGGAUACUAAAAGACUCUUUGGGAGGAAAUUCAAAAACAUUGAUGAUUGCCUGCAUCAGCCCAUCUUCUUCGGACUUUGACGAGAGUCUGAAUACUCUAAACUACGCGAUGAGGGCGAGAAACAUUCAAAACCGAGCGACAGUCAACUGCAAGCGUGAACCAGAUCGCGUGGAAGGACUGGAGCAGCAGAUCAAGGCCCUUCGCAGAGCUCUUGAGACCCGUCAGCGCUCGGAGACUCGCAUCAUUGCUCACGGUGACCCAAACAGGAAACCUCGACUUGGAGACGGAGAAAUGAGCAGGCUGCAAGCACAAAGUGCUCACUAUCGGACCUGCACAGACACUGCUUACAGGUUGCUACGGGAGCUGCAGAGUGAAGGGGCUUUGACAGCAGAGCAGAGUUUGAGAGUGAAAGAGUGGCUGUGCUCCGUUGAGGAGGAACGAAGCGGGCUCACCACCGCCUCCGGACCAGACAGUGGUAUCGAGGACAGCGGUGCACUGAGAGGAGGCAGGCCUUCUAUAAGGAAUCAAGACACAGAAGCUGUAGAGGAGAGGUGGAGCCAUGAUCUUGAAAGUGAGGAGGAGGAUGGUGUUGUUCAUCUUCACUCACAGAUCCAACGGUUGGAGAAGGAAAACACUGACUUCUUAGCAGCUCUAGAGGAUGCUAUGGAGCAGUACAAGCAGCAGAGCUAUAAGCUGCAGGAUCAACAGGACUUGAUAACAGAGCUACAGUGUCAGAUGUCGACUCUCGGACUAAUGGGCUUGGGCUUUAACACGAGACUGCGACCUCACACAGCUCCUAUGGGCUCCGUGCUGCAUAGGCAGAAUGGAAGCACAUACAGACAGGUCAGUCCUGUGGGUCAUGUUGUGGUUGAUCAGGAUGGGAAGGUUUAUGAGGACCAGGAAGUCCUAGGAGGAACAGAGAUGCAUUGCAAGGAAAAAGAAGGAAGUCAUUUUGGCCUCUGUCAGGAGAAAUGCAAACUCGUGAAUUUGACCUGGACCAAGCGGGACUUGCUUUCAGGAGAUUUAUCAUUUGGUGGCAAAGGAGCAACAUCUCAGCAGCCCGAGUCAGAUCUGCACCCCUGUUUGGCCAGAAAAGCAUCUAAUUCCAGUAGUGGAGAAAGCCUGAGAAGUUUUGAAGGGGUUUCAGAGUGGGGGCUUCUUCAGGCCCAGCAGAAGAUCCGGGAGCUGUCGGUCACCAUCCGUAUGAAAGAAGAGCUCAUCAAGGAACUGGUCAAAACAGGUAAAGAGGCUCAGGCCCUGAAUAAGCAGUACAGCCAUAAGAUCACAGCUCUGGAGAGUGAAGCUGUGCAGGCUCGGCAGGAGCUGCUGGAGGCUCAAAGGCAGCUGCAGGACCUUGAGAGGCAGGAGAAGGAGAUAAGUGGAGCAGACAAGACCAGAGCACAGGAAUGUCGCAGGAAGAUAGCUGCUGCUCAGAGCAAAGUUCAGGUGCUCAGUCAGCGUCAGAGGGAUACGGCUCGCCUGGCCAGCCUUCCUGUUCAGAGUGAGCGUCGCGUGUUGGAGCUGGAGAGGAGCGUUCAGUCGAUGAAGCAGCAGCAGGAGCAGCUGCAACGACGCCUGCGUGACGAGAGUCUGCAGAAACGACGUCUGGAGACCGAAAUGCAGCGAAGAACUCACAGAGUCAAGGAGCUUGAAAUAAAGAAUGAGCAGCAACAGAAGAUCCUCAGGAUAAAAACUGAGGAGAUUGCAGCCUUUCAGAGACAGAGACGCAGUGGCAGUAAUGGAUCCGUCGUCUCAUUGGAGGAGCAACAGAAGAUUGAGGAACAGAAGCGCUGGCUGGAUGAGGAGAUGGAGCGAGUGCUAGAUCAGAGGAGAGGACUGGAAGAUCUGGAAGGAGAGCUGACCAAGAGAGAGAAAAUCCUGGCAAAGAAAGAGGCUUUGCUUCAAGAGCGCAGUGGGCUGGAGACAAAGAGGCUCCUCUCCAGUCAGGCUCUAAGUAAAGAUCUGGUGACACUCACUGGACGCAUUGAGUCACUCGAGCGAGAGCUCAGUGAGAGAAACGGUCUCCUUCGCAGCAGCAGUGCUCAAGACUCCCAACACAUCCGUCAAGAGAUCUCCAACCUGCGCCAAGAGAAAGAUUCACUGCUUAAACAACGCGUUGAGCUGGACGAUAAACUGCGGAAGGGAAACCUGCUCUCACCUGAGGAGGAGCGAACUCUUUUCCAGUUGGACGAGGCCAUCGAGGCGCUGGAUGCAGCGAUUGAAUACAAGAAUGAAGCCAUCACUCAGAGGCAGAGGCAGCUCAGGGCUUCUGCCAGCAUGCUCUCCCAGUGGGAAAUGAACCUCAUGGCCAAGCUCAGUUAUCUGUCCGCCUCCGAGACCAGAGCUCUGCUGUGCAAGUACUUUGACAAGGUGGUCUCCCUGCGUGAGGAGGAGCGUAAGCUGCAGAUCGCACUGACUGGGCUGGAAAUACAGCUGGACGAGCAGCAACGGCUGGUGCAGUGGCUGGAAAACGCACUCGAUCGUGCACAGUUUGACACCGAUCGCCGGCUAACACAGCAGCAGGGGGAACACGAGAGGAGUAUGCAGCUGUUGUUGCAGCAGUUUCGAGAACAAAUGGACGAGGGCCUGGCAGGAAGGCAGCGGCAGUACGAGGGAUGGAUCCACAACCUCAGCAAGGAGCUGAACCACUACAAGGCAGCUCAUGUGGAGCUCAGCAGCAGACUGAGAGAGCUCUGUGGUCCAGCCAGUCAGCUUAAAGAGCAUCCAAAAGUCUUGCCGCCUGAAGUUAAAGCUGCUGGCAGCGUGGAGAAGCUGAGCCGUUGUCCUGAGGACGGUCCAGCAGGCAGAAGGACGGCUCAUCCCGACAAACCUACCAGGACCAGGGAGGAAAUGAGAGAACUUGUGAACGCUCCACUCCCGUCCACAUGGAGGCGCUCUUCACUUCCCACAGAGGAACCUGCAGACAUGGAGGAGCUGUGGCUUCAGGUAGCUGGAGAUUCUCCUGCUAACCGGGUGGUUCAGACUGGGGUGGGGUCCUGGGGUGGGCCCACAUCUCUUCCUGUGGUGAAAUCUCGCCGAGAGUCUCGUCGCUCCAGCCUCAACGUUGGACCACUGGCCUCCAACAACACGUUCAUAGAUGUACGAAAGAAUCCCGUCUGAAUUUCACCGUCGUUUUCUGAUGUGUCGGACAUUCCUAAAUGUGUUGUUUAAUUUUUUUUAAUUAAAAUUUUGGACCUUUUUUUUUUUAAUGAAAACCCACUGAUGUUUCCACGAAGCACUUUUUAUUCAAACUAAAUGACCAUGCAGAUGCAAAGUGUAUGUAUUAACAUUAAAAAAUCAUCUGUGUCAUUUAAUGUAAAGUCCUUUUCACA